GCAACAAACACUCCACACAGUUAAAAUACGGAACCCUCAUCGCAGUGGUAACAUAUUCCCUUCGAUAAGAUAAACACAGAUAACUUUACUACAGCUGCAGGACACCAGUACAAAUAAAUAAGCUAACGCCAUGCCAAGAAAGAAAGACAUUGUUAAAGGUGGUGCUCCAGUAGCUAGACUCGGAGAAAGCUCCAGACUUAUGCGCACACACGAAUCUAUGGUAGAUUACAUAAAUGGACGUCAUUCUGGGGGCUCUUUCCUGGAUGUCUUUGCCUCGGGCGUAUUUGGUUUAGAUUUUUUAAGGACCUUUGAUGGAGACUUGGACCAUGAUCUCAUAUAUACUGAUGAGGAGGAUGAUGAUGAUGACGACGAUGUUCACUUCUGUUCACACAAUGCUGCUUACAGGCCUUUACAACCACAUCCAAGAAUAAGACAACUCACUGACGAGGAGGCCGAUAAACAUGCAAAGGAAUUGAUAGAAGAAGAGGAACGGCGUAAGGAGAAAACGGAGAAGAACAAGCGUAAGAAAUUGCGUAAAAAAGAAAAGAAGCGACUAGAAAAGGAGAAUGCAGUUAAAGACAUUUUACCUGAGGAAGAAAAAGGGAAGUCGGACUCCUCGGAAAAUCGUGAAGAAAAUCCUGUUAUUGAAAGUAACCCAGAAGCAGAUGAAUCUGUUAAAACAGAAAAUGCAACUGAGGCAGCUGGAUGUAAUGGGAGCAGUGGUAAUAAUAAAGAAGAAAGUCUUGUGAAGAUUAAUAAGAAAGAAGAUGAGGAGCACAAGGAUUUGGAUUUAAAUAAUUCAUAUGCUCCUAUGGUAAAAUCGGUGCCCGAGGAGACGUGUAACCAGAGGCCUGCGAGAGAAAGAAAAAAUGGAAAAACUAAAUCUCUGGGAGAUCAGUCCAAGGAGGAAAAACCAAAAGUUGUAGAGACACCUGAAGUUCAAAAGAAGGAACAUGAUCCCAGUAAAGAGAAAACGAUGGAUCCCAGUGCAGAAGAGUUUGCAAAAAGAAGCAGAGAGCUUGCUGGUAUCGGAAAUCGUUUGGCUGCCUCUGCACAGUACGAGAUGGCUGUGAAAUGCUUUACAGAUGCCAUAAAAUAUAACCCAAAGGAAUAUAAGUUAUUUGGAAAUCGGUCCCUCUGUUAUGAAAGAAUGCAGCAGUAUGAAAACGCUCUCAGGGAUGCUGACGUAGCACUCUCCAUGGAGCCAAAUUGGAUAAAAGGUUUAUUUAGAAAAGGAAAAGCUCUAUGUGGGCUCAAGAGAUACUACGAGGCAUCGCUGAUCUAUAAGGACGUGUUGAAGCUGGAAAGUUCGAGUGCUGAAGCCACACAAGAGCUGAAACGAGCACAGACAUUGCAUCUAAUGGAAAUGGGAUUCUCCUGGGCGCAGAGCUCUGAGGCCUUGAAAACACACGCCACGUUGGAGGAAGCUGUCGAAGCUCUGUUUGGUGUUGACAGUGAUCUGGGUCCUGGAGAUGCCAGUGCCAACACAGACCAACCACCAGUGGUGCAGGAAUAUGAUGACGAUGAGGGAGAGUGGAUUGUCCUGCAACCAAGCCGUCCUAGAAUGCAGCAGGUCAAAGAGUCUGAUGCGUUUGGCCAAAGCAGAUCGAAAUCUCAGUCACCGACCCCUCAAUCACGGACAUCUAUGAAACC